CUCUAACGAAGUGUCUGCCAUGACUCACAUUAACGUUCCAUUUAUUAUCUCCAUCCACUGACCACCGUGUAAGGUACGGUCAUGUUUAUUCUACAAUAUUAUCUAAUCGCUUCAACUUUACCGAAUAAUGAAGUGAGCAAGUUAAGUUCCGUAUAUAAAGGCGUACCAAUGUCCAGCGCAUCGGAACCUGUGUUGUUGUAUGCUCACCCGAGCAUGCAUCGACUAGCCGAACAGAUCGUUGAGAGAUGCGGUCAGAGAGCGAGAAAAUCAGAGGAAGGCCUGAGCCCUUCCAGCCAGCAACAUCUCAAGACCCCUUUUCAUAGAUCAUUUUCCAGUGCUCAAAUGGAGCCAUUAUUCAGAAGUGUGGAGUACCGAAACACAAUCAAAUGGGACAAGUUCCAAGAUGGCUUCCCAAACCUCUUCAUUGGUGAUGUGCAUUGCAUGAUGGGAAAAGACGUGAUAUUUCUUGGCAGCUUUCAUGACCCCAGCGUGAUAUUUGAACAGCUCUCGGUCCUAUACAUGUUUCCAAGAUACCUUGCUCGCUCCUUUCACUUCAUACUGCCGUAUUUCCCUACUGGGACCAUGGAGAGAGUGGACAUGGAAGGCCAGAUAGCUACAGCCAAGACUUUAGCUAUCAUGAUGUCCUCCAUACCGCUCACCGCCCGCGGUCCCGUGCAGAUCUGUAUAUUCGAUAUACACGCGCUACAAGAGAGGUUCUACUUUUCAGACAACGUCAUUCCCAGACUGGAAUCCGCCACACCUAUGAUCAUGUCUACCCUGGAAACACUGCCCGACAAGGACAACAUCGCCAUAGCUUUCCCGGAUGACGGGGCGUUCAAACGAUUCCACCUAUUUCUCUCACAUAAAUACGAUACGAUCACAUGUGUGAAGAUCCGUGAAGGGAACAAGAGAAUAGUGAAAGUGAAAGAUGGAAACCCCGACGGCAAACAUGUAGUCGUUGUGGAUGAUCUGGUACAAACUGGAGGAACGUUGAUAAACUGUGGAGAGGCACUCGUAGAAAAAGGUGCAAAAGCCGUCAGCGCCUACGUAACGCACGCGGUGUUUCCCAAUGAUAGCUGGAGGAAGUUUACAAACGGGGAUUUCAGGUUCCAGAACUUCUGGAUCACAGACUCGAUCCCCCACGCUGUGGAGAUUGCCAUGCAUGAGCCAUUCAAGCUGCUCUCUCUCUGCGAACCAAUCAGCAAGAUGUUGAUGGUGUUUGACCUCAAAAUGCAGACCUAGACGCCAUUAACGGCAUGGUGGUCACGUGAUAUUGCUUUCGAAUUUGGGCAUGGUGUUUGACCUCAAAAUACACAGCUAAAUCGACACACUUAAAAGAAGGCAAUUAGUAGCAUGAUGAACACAUGACUUUUCCUUAGAAUUGUGAGCAAUUUUUGUGUCUAUUGCCAGUAUACUCACACACUUAGAAUAAGGCAAUAAUCAGGAUGGUGAUUAUAUGAUUAGCCUUAGAAUGUCGCACAAUUCUUAAUGUAUUUUGCCAUGGUAGGCACACGUGGAUUAUCAUAAUUUAAAUUAACACUAAGUAAACCGAUUACAGAAAAUUGGUCCCCGUUAAGUACUCGUUUAGUGUCACGUUUACAUCUGAGAUGUCCACACGCUUUUAUUGUCGGAAAAGCUGUGUAAAAUGAUUAAAUCGGCAAGAUACCCAAGUAGAUUAAUCAGACAAACUAAUAUGUUGUAUUGAAGAUUUUAGUUAUAUAAACGUUAUUCGAAAAUAGUUUAUAAAUUCAAUUUAAGCGAAAUUGUUAUUAUGUUGAAGUAUAUGCUAUAUAAUUAUCUUAAUUAAGAAAAAAACAAAUGUAGACACUGAUACACACGUUGCCCUCUUUACGUAGUUUGUAUGUCAAAUACUGCUGAGCAGUACUGCAAGAGUUUAUUGCAUUCUCACAGUGAUUCAAGCUGUUCUCUAUUCGCUUUGAUCAUGUAAUGUUCUUGCUGCACCCGCAGCUUAAAGGUGAAGAUAGAUCGCCAAGCUAAAUGCAACCUUGUGAAACAUAAGUUAAAUCAAUCAAUUGUUUAGCUGUUAGUUGUUAUAAAAUGUUGAACGUGGAAUGAAUUUAUAAAAAUCGAUAAUAGUUGGAUUAUGAUUGCCUUUGGUAGUUGACUGUAGAGCAUAUCUUCGCGUAUUUGACAGGUAACCUUUAUGACUUUAUAGUUCGGAAUCUUCCUUAUUGUCUGCGUAACCUCGAAGCAUACCAGUGUGACAACAAUUACGUCCCUUAGCUAAAUUAACCAUCGUGCAAUAAAACUGCUUACAGUGCUUGGAAGUGAACAAUAAAUUUUAGACUUGAAAGUUGCAGUUAUAGAAUUAUCAUACACACACCACAUCAUUGUCAACCAGUUCGAAGUGACAAUAUCCAUAAUAUUUACUUAAGAUGAUCCUAAUUAAAAAUCACCCUUAACGAAUAGUCGUGAACACGUGAAGUAAAAAAAGAACAUUGUACACAGUAAACGAUAUUCUAUUAUUUUUCUGUGACAUUUUGCAGGUUCGUAUAUAUGCACAUUUGUACUGCCGACUAUCAAUUUUCAAUUAGUAUAAGCAACAUAUCAACAUGUUCAUUUGACCAAUUAUAAAAAAUAUUUACAGAGAGCCAACAUACAUUGUCAUAAAGCUAAACCGUCUAUCGUGAAUAGUGGAAAUGUUUUCGUCCUUCGUUCCGUAUAUGACAAUACUAAUAAUUAUUAUAUUGAUUGUAAUACAAAUUUGUUCUAGCAUUUCAUUACUGUAAUUUUCCGUCUGAUUAGCUAUGAAUAUGAUAAUAUUUUUUGAAGUCUACACAUUAAUUUUCAUAGCUAACGGUAUAUCAAUUUCAACAUUUUUGAAAUCCACCCUGGACUUCAACGAAAAGCGGUGUUGUUAAUACAUGUUAUAUAAUAAAUGUGUCAUGCUCACACUUUUGUCAGGCUUAGCAUCUAUGUAACAUACUACACGAUCUUAAGUUAUUGCAAUAAUGUAUGUGCAAUUAUAUUAAGUUGUUAAUAACUGUUCAUAGCUCGUAUAACAAGCCUUACAACAACUGAAAUGCGCACCAUUCAGUGUACUUCGGGAACAAAGUUAUGUUUAUCCAAAUAAAAGUUGCGUUUAGAUUUAUAAAAAAGAUGUAUGUUACUUUUUUGUUUUUAUAAAUAUUAUUUGUAGUAUUGUAUUUUCGUUUUAAGUGUAGCGUUAUCGUGUGUUUCGUAUUGGGAACUUUCAUGUAAACUGUUAAGUAUAAGAUUAAACUAGUAUAUAUUUU